GAUAAGCAAUAUUUACAUGCUAUUUUGAAUAAAUAAAUAAAAGAAAAGGUACGGACCAGUUAUCGAUACGUUAGUCUUGUUGAAUUGUCGAAACUGAUACAAAAAUGUUUUGGAAAUUAUUUUAAAAAGGGGACUGUUGAAAUGUGAAACUUAACUAAAAGAGGAAAUAUAAUAUUUAUCUUAUCUAGAGAACCGUUAAAUUGCAAAGUAUUCUUGGCAAACACAUAUUUGUUGUAUUUUGAAACAACUUUGUGAUGAUCAUAUUUAAACUUUAAACGCUUUUUCUUGCAAGUAAAGGAAUAAUCAAAAUAGAAAUGGAUAUUCUGGACGAGGUUUCUGAGAACGAGUCAAAGAAUGGUAAGGAAGAAAAAGUAGCAGACGAUAAAGUGAAAAAGAAAGUUGUUAUUGACGAAAAUAAUCAAGUGAAAACUAUUGAAGCUAGAGAAAGCAAAGAAAAGGGACAAUUACGUCAAAAUUUUGAAACAACCGAUUGGCUGUGGCGUAUAUCGGUAAUAUCGUUCUUGAUUGGUUAUCUCUUUCAAGUGCUUUCUUACGGGACACCUUAUUGGUUAGCCGUUACAGAUGCUACUGGUGACGUCAUGGCUAUUGGAAUCUGGAGUUCUUGUCAGUCCAUUUCAAGUUGCACUUUUCGAAACGAAGCUACAGACUGUGUUAAUUCUGUUCGAAUAUUUGGUGGUGUGGGUGUGAUUUGUGGACUGGUUGUAACUAUUCUGUUGUACAUGCACAUUAAAAAACCGGACAGCAAACGAUGCCUUGGCAUUUCUUGUGUCACACUCUCCUUUAUCUCGGCACUAUCAACACAGAUAUCCACGGCUAUAUUUGGUAGAACAAUAGGCUGUUCCAUGCCGACCCUCGAAGAAUACAGUUGGACCUGGUCUCUGGCUUUAGCUAUCACUGCUAUCAUUCUCACAGUGGCUUCCGGUUUAAUGUUUCUAAUUAUAGUAUUCAAGGACAUAUCACGCCAAAAUUAUAAAGGACGUAUUUGGAGAAGACGCGGCGUGAAUAUCACAUAAAUAUAGAUCUAUAUGUUAUAGAUGGAUGUAACAUAAGUAUAUAGAUUUCAAAGCUUUGUGUUCUACAAAUGAAAGUCAAUUAUUUGCUUGCAUCGGUAUUAUCAAGUUUGCCUGCUGUGCUGGUAUCUAGCAUUCUAACAUAUCUAAAGUCAUGGUUCAUGUAGAUCACGUGACAUAUUCAACAAAUCACGUGACAUAUUAAACACACAACGGAACAAUCAGACAGUGAUUAACACAAUAGAAACAUGAAGUACAUGUCUCUUUAUAAAAAAAAUCGGCCGAGAUUAAUCUGCUUUUAAUUCAUGAAGAAAUGUUAAAUUUAAUAUUUAAAAAAUGUGAGAAACUUUAGGAAAAAGUUCGUUUCCGGAAUUCCUUUAGAUUAAUUAAAAUUUAGACGCCUAAACCAUUUCAGAAAUCCUUGAUAUUACUUUACUUAUUUUAGAAUGGCCAAUGAAAUUCCCAGAUUACAAUUUGAAAUUUUGAAAUGACCAAUGAAAACUCUACUUAUAUUCCACUCUUCCCUGUAAAUCUUACAGGAAGUGAAACUAAUUUUAGCCGGUCUUCGGCCGAAAAAAAACAUCAUUAUAUAUACUUGGUAUAGUUUUGAAGUGCAAGAAAUUCAAAUUUUUAUAUUUGGAACCACAGCGAAAGGGAAAUAACUACAGUGUACGUGUCAGUUAUAGUAAAGUAGCUCCCUUUUUGGUGGUUCAUUGAUUCCUGUUAAAUAAAUCUGUCAUUUUUCAUAAUUAUUUUACUAGAUAUUUAUGUUAAUUUACAUACCAUUUUCUAGAUAUUUAAAGAUCUGAUUGGAAAUAGUAAAACAUUGUACUUGUAAUUUCAUAUCAUUUAAAUGACAUUGAUUAAUUUGCUUAUUAAGAUGAUAAAGCUUUAUAUGC